CUCAUUCCCCCAUCCUACUAUAUAAAAAGGAAAAAAGCUCGAUAAGUUAUUGAAACAGAUCUUUUAAAUAUGCUACUUUGAUAUCAGUCAACAUAGACAAGGAUAUGAAAAUCAAUAUGCGAUCCCGGUCAACUAAUGCACUGUAAAACGAUAUGAAUCGUCGCCAAAAUUUCCGCCAAUCAUCGACGAUUACCGUCAAAAGAAAUCCGGAAAGAAACUGUUCGAAAAAAGGCGCGGUGAUCGAAAAUGGAAUUGUGAAGCUGCACGGAAAAAAGCCGCAGACAGAGCAGGUGUACCAUUUUCCAAUGAGCCCUUAUAUACGGGAAAAAAUCGUGUGUACUGACAGAAGAAAACAUUGAUUGAAGAGACAAGUUGGAAUUCAUUCUGCUUUACAAUUUUACUACGGUUAUAAAAUAGGCGACACUCGAAGAGAAGAUGAAAAUCACAGAAACUAUGAUUGCGUUUGUCGUUAUUUUCUGCGUAACUUCCAGUUGCUUCGGUAAGAGUAUUUCCAAAGUGUCUUCAAAUGACCUCAAUGAAAAAGCAAACGGACAUUCUAUUGUGAAGCGACAAAGCAAUGCAGACCUGAAUUUGCAGAACAAGAAAACGAGGCACAUGAACGAGCUUAUUCGACAAUAUUACAUCAGUUCAAUAUUAAAUGAAAUCAAAGGGAAAAGAGAUCAACGCCAACCUUUGACGGCAGAUGAAAAAGCUACCGCGUGUAGACAUGCAGUCCAAUACUGCAGGGUUGGGCAAGUUGAGGAAGACAACGGAGCUACAUAUCUCGUUGAUCAAAAAAGGGAUAUCGAAAAUGGCUACCCAGAUAUGGAUAAUACAGAGCAAAACAAUUCUGUUCCUAACGAACCUUGUCUCUCUGUGUCGGCGAUCGCAAAACUUCUUACAAAUUCUCGUGGAAACAGCGCCAAUCAGCGGACGAUUGACACUUCGCAAAAUGGCCACACGGAUGGAGAAACGUUCGACAUGUACACAAACGGUCAAAAAGACCUCGCAUCCCACUUGUUCCAGUUCUUUCAGGAUCAGUACGAUUUAACCCAGUAACUUAUAAACGUUUCUUGAGG